AGUCUGACGUGAUGAUCGGUGAUAUGGGAGAAGCCAGUUUUAACGAUGGCGAACAACAGUCGGAUACCGUCGACCAGCAGCAGAAGACGUCCAACUACGAGCCGCUAGAGAGGCGAAUGACGCCGGGCGGAUCGAUAACGUUCACCUGUAGGAUCGGACUGAUCGACCAGGGCCGGCAGAGCAUACUAUGGUAUCACGACGACAAGCUCAUUUCGAUAUUGGACCGUAGAGGCAGUUUGAGUGUGGAGACGGACAGAUCAUCGAAUUUUUUCGCCAGUCGACUUACACUUGCUAGUGUUACUAGAUAUGACUCUGGAAAGUACACUUGCAAGUCUGGCAACACGAAUUCUACUACAUUUACACUACAUGUUAUAUCACCAGCGAACGGAUUAGCUUUGCAAGAUGGUUUGAAAUCAAAAGGUUCACGUAAUUACCAACACGAUUAUGUUAUAUCAAUGAUCAUAUUUAAUUUCAUUGCAUGCUCAAUAUUUGUUUUUAAAUUGCCUUAAUGAUAAACAUAAUAUUUGUAAUAUAUAUUUUACACAUUUUUGUAAUUAUUUUUACAUUAGUUUUCAAUAAGUACCAUUAUUUUAAUACGAUUUUCAUUUUAUAUUUUUUGGGAUUAUAAAUGAAAAAUAAAAAAAUAAAAAAUAUGUACAUGUGUACCUAUCAAAUAAAUGUACGUUGUGUAAUAAUG